UGCUUCAGAUGCAACCUUCACAUACAGUAGUUGCUGUGAAAUGAGGAGGCGGGAUGUAGAGCUAGUGACGUCACAGACAGUUUCCUGCGUUUGAAACCGGAGAGAAACACGACCGGCAACAUACUGAAGCGGCUGAUUGGGGAACUGAAAGGUUAAUUCUACCUUAUUCACAUAAAAAAAAUGUCACGGCCAAGUAGCGUGUCUCCGAGGCCAGGCAUGUCCCAGUCUAGCCAGUCUGGUUCUUCAAGAGCCCGAGGGCUGAAGGAUAUCCGGAUCGAUGAAGAAGUUAAGAUAGCUGUGAACAUUGCGCUGGACAGAUUUCGAUACAGUGAUCAAAAAGAAAUGGAAUUCCCAUCUUCCUUGACCAGCACUGAAAGAGCAUUUAUUCAUCGUCUUGCACAGUCUUUGGGGCUGAUUUCCAAAAGUAGAGGAAAAGGGACAACUAGGUUUCUUACAAUAAAGAAGAAGGAUGGAUCUGAGGCAGCACAGUCUGUAAUGAACUUCAACCUUUCCCACAACACUAAACAUGUAGUGCGAAGUUUGCUUCAGAGAUUUCCAGUCACUAACAAAGAACGGACUGAACUUCUGCCUAAAACUGAACGAGGGAGUUCACUGGCUCUUGAGGCUGAAAGCGUCAGAGAUAAGAACAGGACAAGUGGACGCCUCAACAACGGGAUCCCCCAGGUUCCUCCGAGGAGAGGGGAGUCGGACUUGGAUUCCUUCAGGCGCACACUGCCAGUCUAUGAAAGACGAGAGGAAAUUGUAAAGAUUAUAAAAGAAAACAGAGUGGUGUUAGUAGUUGGCGAAACUGGAUCUGGAAAGACUACACAGGUACCUCAGUUUCUUCUUGAUGAUUCUUACAUGAAUGGAAAUCCAUGUCGUAUAUUCUGUACUCAGCCAAGGAGGCUAGCAGCCAUUGCUGUGGCUGAACGAGUUGCUGCGGAGAGAGGGGAAAAGAUUGGCCAGACAAUUGGCUACCAGAUAAGACUGGAAAGCAGAGUUUCUCCAAAGACACUGCUAACCUUCUGCACUUGUGGAGUACUUCUGCGAACUCUGAUGGCAGGGGAUGCCACCCUUUCAACUGUUACACAUGUAAUUGUGGAUGAAGUGCAUGAGAGAGAUGGACUAAGUGAUUUCCUGCUGAUAAAAAUAAGAGAUAUGUUGCAGAACCACUCAUCUUUGAAGCUCAUUCUUUCGAGUGCUGCUCUUGAUGUUAAUCUGUUUAUAAGAUACUUUGGCUCCUGCCCAGUUAUUUACAUCCCGGGGAGACCAUUUGAAGUAAAGGAACUAUUUCUGGAAGACAUCUUAAGGACAACAGGUUACACAAACAAAGAUAUGAUGAAAUACAAGAAGGAGAAGCAAAAAGAGGAAAAACAACAGACAUCACUUACUGAGUGGUGCAAGGUUAAGGACAGCAUCACCAGGCCAGAGCAACAGAGGGAAAGAACCACCUCCUGCCCAGUAGAAGAGAAUUACCUGCUUGAUGAUGGUGGAGACAGUGUUUUUAGUCAACUGUGUGAGAAAGAUGUGAACUCCCUGGAGCCUUGGCUACUAAAGGAAAUGGAUUCCUGCAUCUCUGACAUCUUCCUCAAUCAAGAUGCUGAUGCUUUUGUCCAGCUGUUUAACCUCAUUUUAAGUGAAAAUGUCAGCGUUGAUUACAGACACAGGGAAACCAGUGUAACACCACUGAUGGUGGCGGCAGGCAGAGGAUUCCUUAGUCAAGUGGAACAGCUCCUCAGCAUGGGUGCCAAUGUGAAUUUCAAAGCAUCCAAUAGCUGGACAGCAUUAGACUGGGCUAAGCACUUCAACCAGGCCGAGGUAGUGGAUCUGCUUGAAUCAUACAUCUCAUCAUUAGAGGCUGGGCAUCUGGAUGAAAGCUCCCUGGUCCAGAGUGAGAGUGGAGAGCUGAGUGCUGAGGACAGAGAGCUCCUGAAGGCUUACCAUCACAGCUUCGACGAUGAGAAAGUGGAUCUGGACCUGAUCAUGCAUCUCCUUUAUAACAUAUGUCAGAGCUCUGAUGAUGGUGCAGUUUUAAUUUUCUUGCCUGGAUAUGAUGAAAUAGUAACACUUCGAGAUCGUAUCCUAUACGAUGAUAAAAGAUUUUCAGAUUACACACAGAGGUAUCAGGUUUUUACACUCCACUCGAACAUGCAGACAUCUGAUCAAAAGAAAGUGCUUAAAACCUCACCUGCUGGCAUUCGUAAAGUAAUUCUUUCAACCAAUAUUGCAGAAACCAGCAUCACUGUCAAUGAUGUUGUCUUUGUUAUUAAUGCUGGCAAAGUUAAAGAGAAGUCCUUUGAUGCUCUCAACCACGUGACAAUGUUAAAAAUGGUGUGGAUUUCAAAGGCAAGUGCAAUCCAGAGAAAAGGAAGAGCCGGUCGCUGUAGACCAGGUGUAUGUUUCCACCUGUUCAGCAGAUUACGAUUCAAAAACAUGUUGGAGUUCCAGAUUCCAGAGCUUCUCCGGAUGCCUCUUCAGGAACUGUGUCUGCACACUAAACUGCUGGCUCCCAUCACCUGUCCAAUAGCCGACUUCCUUGCCAAAGCACCUGAGCCACCACCGGCUUUGAUUGUCAGAAACGCUGUGCAGAUGCUCAAGACAAUUGAUGCCAUGGACCCCUGGGAAGACUUGACGGAACUGGGAUACCACCUAGCUGAUCUCCCCGUCGAACCCCACUUUGGAAAGAUGGUGCUGUGUGCUGUGGUCCUCAAGUGUCUUGAUCCUAUUCUCACCAUAGCCUGCACGCUGGCCUACAGAGAUCCCUUUGUUCUGCCGGUACAGGCUGCACAGAAGAGGGCAGCAAUGCUAUGCAGGAAGCGUUUCACUGCAGGGACCUUCAGUGACCAUAUGGCUCUCCUUCGAGCUUUUCAGGCAUGGCAGAAAGCUCGCAGUGAUGGCUGGGAAAGAGUAUUCUGUGAGAAGAACUUUUUGUCCCAAGCCACCAUGGAGAUUAUCAUAGGGAUGAGGACACAGCUUCUUGGACAACUCAGAGCGAUAGGUUUUGUUCGGGCAAGAGGGGGAGGCGACAUCCGAGAUGUGAACCUUAACUCUGAGAACUGGGCAGUUGUAAAAGCUGCCCUGGUGGCUGGGAUGUAUCCCAACCUCAUCCAUGUUGACAGGGAAAAUGUCAUGCUCAUGGGAUCAAAGGAGAAGAAAGUCAGAUUUCAUCCUAACUCUGUUCUGAGCCAGCCCCUGUAUAAAAAGAUUCCUCCAGCAAAUGGACAAGCUGCAGCUGUCCAGUCACUGCCAACAGACUGGCUUAUUUAUGAUGAAAUGACCAGAGCCCACAGAAUCGCUAGCAUUAGAUGCUGUUCUGUAGUGACUCCAUUUACAGUGGCUAUCUUCGGAGGGUCAGCUAAGCUGCCAAGCACUGCUUUACAGGAGCCAUCAAUGCAAAGAGUUGAUGGUGUGAAUGACAGCAGUGACAGUGAGAUGGAAGACCGAUCCACUGCUAACAUGGCCACUCUAAAGAUAGACGAAUGGCUGAAUUUCAAAUUGGAGCGAGAGACUGCCAAUCUAGUUUUCCACCUGAGACAGAAAUGGCACAGUUUGUUCCUGCGUCGAAUACGGGCGCCUUCAAAGCCCUGGUCUCAGGUGGAUGAAGCAACUAUGAGGGCGCUUGUGUCUGUCCUGAUCACUGAAGAGCAUGUAGCUGGCCUCCAGCAGCCUACUGGGAUUGGACAGCGACCCCGUCCCAUGUCCUCCGAAGAACCCCCCCAGUUAUCAUCGUGGAGGGCCACCAACAGCAGGGAGAGCUCUGCGGAUACUGAGUUUUCAAAUGAGACGUCAAAUGUAGAAAGGGCUCAAGUGAUGUCUCCAUCUCCAGCAUUUUCCCAACCCAAGGGGUACAAAGACAGGGGGAUUCUGCAUCCUAAAAAAUGCUCUGGUGACAGGUCAAAUCAGUCCUCUGUGAAAACUACAGACAGCAACAGUUACCCCAGUCCCUGUGCCAGUCCUUCACCCCCAUCCUCAGGGAAGUGUUCUAAAUCUUCCUCUCCCAGACCAAAUACGCCAGUCCGUUACUUUAUUAUGAAGAGCAGCAACCUACGUAACAUUGAGAUCUCCCAGCAAAAGGGAAUCUGGUCCACAACUCCUAGUAACGAGCUCAAGCUGAACCGAUCCUUCUUGGAGAGCAGCAUCGUCUUUCUGGUGUUUUCUGUGCAAGGAUCUGGACACUUUCAGGGUUAUGCAAGUAUGUCCUCAGAAAUAGGACAUGAGAGGAGCCUGGAGUGGGGCUCUACAGGUCUUGGGGGAGUUUUCAAGGUGGAAUGGAUCAAGAAGGAGAGCCUCCCUUUUCAGCAUGCACACCAGCUACUUAACCCCUGGAAUGACAAUAAGAAAGUGCAGAUCAGCAGAGAUGGACAGGAGCUGGAGCCUCAGGUUGGUGGGCAGUUGCUACAGCUUUGGGAACGGACUUCUUUGAUAGGAAAACCACUACAAAUAGACACCCGGCUUGGCGUACUGGGAGAGCCUCUGUAGCCUCUGUAGGCUGAUCCUUUUGCUGAACCAAGACCAUGAGGAUUUCAGUCUCUUAAAGAUGGAUUAGGUAGCAUCAGAUGCUAAUGACAAAAAAAAAAAAGUUAUUUUUAAAUAGGUAGAUUUUUUGUUGACCUUUUUUUUUAAGGUUGUUCAGAUGAUGUUAAUGAACAUUGUUAUUACUAAGUUCGUAAUUGAAUAUGCAUCUCAGUCCUCCUAAUUAAACCACUCUCAACCCAUAUGUAAUAUUGAAUCAAAGAGUAUAGGCUGACACAACCAGCAGUUUUUCGACCACUUACACAAAUUUGUUUUGGUCAAGUUAUAGUAGGUAUUCUAUGUUUUAUUUAAUUUAAUAAUCUACCAGUUUCUAUGGUUUUAUACCAUAUAUCUAAUUAUGUACAAAGUUUUUUUUUUUUUUUUUUUCUGAAAGGAAUAGAUAUUAUUAUUAUUAUUAUUAUUAUUAUUAUUAUUAUUAUUAUUAUUAUUAUUAUUAUUAUUAUUAUUAUUAUUAAUGAUUUUCAUAAAAAAGGAAACACAUUUUGCACUUGCUUCACAAUCUGGACCUGUUGUAUAUACUGCAUGUGUGUAGUAAAAAAGUACCAUGUUUAAAGAAUGAUUUCUUUGUAUGUGUUUGAGGAUUUCAGCAGGCAACCCCAUUUCUUUUUCUGUAUACAAACAGUAGUGUUCAAAAUUUGGAAACAACAAAUUAUUUACAGCAAGACUAAGGGUGGGGAUCGUAUUGCUCAUUUUUCCUCACUCGGACCCUUUACUUACUAAAUAUCUUGGUGUCCCUGAAAAGAUAAUUGUCUGAGAAGUUAUCUGGCAUCCCCAGCUGUGCUGCUUUCCUAGGAAAAGGAGAACAUUCCAGGGUACCAUUCUACUUGUGAGAUGUGUUGCUCAUUUAAAAUAUUUAGCAUAUUUUUAAAGAGAAGGUGAUUUAUCUAUUCAGAGAUACCAGGUUAUUUAGUAAGUAAGGGGUCUGUGUGAGGAAAAAUUGGCAGUACAAUCCCCACCCCUAGUCUUGCUGUAAAUUGUUUGUUUCCAAGCUUUUGAACACUACUGUAUGUGCUGACUAACACUGGCACAUUUGAGGUAAUUUGUAAAAAGCAAAUCUGCUCAUCACUUUUUUUUCUCUCAUAGUAAAGCAUCCUUAAUGUAAAUUUUAUUGAGAUAUACCACAGCAAACCUUACAUGCUAUUUCACAAUACUGGACCAUAAAGAUCUUCUAUAAUGUAAUGUGUUACAUAUUUUUGUUCAUAUUUGAUCUGUUCAUUGUAAUUCUGCACUGAUUUGUAGAUUCGCAUUCAGUUUUUCUUUUACUAAGAUUUAAGAGUUGUAAAAACAAAAUAAAUAUUUAGAAAUUAAAUAGUCA